GGGUGAGGGAGGGGGCCGACGAUGGUUGUCUUCUGCUGCUCUCCGGUGCUUUCGCUUUUCCGUGGGUCCAGUGUGUUUCGCCACCCGAGGAGAACCCGCGUGCUCCACGUAUAUCAGCGCGAAGUAAUUCGAGAAUAGAUUAAGGCAUCAACAUGACCACCCAGAAAGCAAGACUUGUGAACAAACAGUUCAACUCUCCUAUCAACUUGUACUCGCCACAGGCGAUACAGGAGACUCUGGAUAGGCAGACUCAAGUUCUGGCUAACGGUGCAGUCGGGAUCGACUUCAGCCAGUUGGCCAAGCCAGCAAAUUUGCAGAACAGCGCGGUUCUACGUAUGCUCGAAGAAGAAGAAGCGAGACAGCGCGGAGGUCAACCAGGUCUCAAACGAGUAGCUUGGCCGCCGCCUCCAGAGGAUCAAGACUUCGACUACGUGGAGCAAGCUCCCGUCCAAGCGAAGACCCGUGGGCACGGUGAUCUCGGCUCGUACCAGAGCAGUCCUUCGUCAGGUCCGUCACCCCAACCGCCCUCGACGGUCGCACGGUCGUCGACACAGAGCGCCGUCCCGUCGUCCCCGUCGCCGGUCAGUCCUGGCGGCACGCUCCUGCGACAGCCCUCGCACUACCAGCAGCAACAGACGAACCCUAGGGGCUGGGCGCCCGUGACACCCCCGGCGACCUCGCCGCUCUCCCAGCAGCAUCCCCCGUUUCCGAGCCAACAUCGACAGCAACCGCAGUCGCAGCAGCAACAGCAACAGCAGACCCAGCCUUGGCAGCAGCAUCCCCAGCAAGAUCCCUACGACCGGGCACCGCAGAGGCAACAGCAGACUCCAUCCGGCUAUUAUACAACCGCCCCUGCGGCGUUCGAAGCACCACCCUCCACUAUCGUCCUUCGUCCUGAGCCGCCUAUCUCGCAGGCACCAGCACCGGUGUACCAGGCCCAACCCGCAGCGACGAAGGCUCCGGCAACGGGCAACAUGCGAGGGGACCUGAAGUGGCCGCCGGCGUCCGUGAAGGCCCAGAUCGAGGCGGAGAACCGGGCUAGAAUGGAGCUCGCGAGGGGUCCGGCUGUCAGGCCCCGUCGAGUGCACAAGGACUAUAGCGGUUUCUUCGCGCAACACGCCCUGAACAGCACCUACCCGGGCUACCGAACACCGCCUGGCACCCAGUACUUCACUCCGGCUUACCAUCAUUAGCGAAUAUUCCGUUCCGAGUAACACAUUCGAGCACGAGAGGCAUCGCCCUGAGUUUCUCAUCGACUGGGACACUCAGGACGUUGUUCGCGGAUCCUCCGGGAUCCGCGAGGAGUCAGAGAAACGCAUGAGCGAUGAUUUCUUCGUGGAAUAAAAUCUCGAAAAAUCACGAGGCUGUAAAAAGAAAAUUCAUACAGUGGAGAAUUUCGUCUUGGAACGCGAUUUCUUCUUUUCUACACUUUUGGGGAAAAGCCACGAUUCUGCGCGCGAAUUGCCGUGCUGUCGCUCUUCCAGAAUGUGGUUCAGACAGCUGAAGAGAAAUUUCACACGUCAUGCGUUUCUCGGGUUUCUAGAAAGACUUCCGAUCUGGAUUUCGAGCUUCAACGAACCUGUGUACACAGAGACUGAACAGUUACCUUUCAUCUUCGCAGGGUAGCGCAAACUAAUAACAAAUUACCGAAAAUCUGGUUUAUUUUACAGCAUUUGGUUUAUUAUUUGAGCAUCAUCAUUCGGAGAUUCCCACGCUUGUGAGUAUCGCGUCCUUCUAUUUUUUUUUUUUAGUCUGCAAACCGAUAUAGUAGGUCUUUAGGUAUAUUUACAUUUAUAAUAAAACAGUAAGAUAAAAAUAUAGAUAAUUUAUUUCAUUUCCUUAAAAAAUUUAUUAUAUUUCUUCGCGCAAGACCAUUUCUUUAGAGGUUCUUGCUUGUUAAUACCUACAAGAACAUCCCCAGUUUGGGAAUUUCUGAUCUACGCGAUUCAACAUUGUUGUGAUAGAAUUAACGCUGCAAACAGGUUUACAGGUUUACAAGACUAACGCUUGCCAUACGAAUCACAAGAGAUUUCGGCAGAAUAAUAGUGGCAGAUUGUAUUUUUUACUGCGAAGGCAACGACGAUAUAAUGGAAAAGUAACGAACGUCGAAUAUAGACAAGAAUCCGCGAAAUAAAUCGAUCGAAUCGUACAGAGUGCAGAACAAUGUAUUCGGAGAGAAGGUGAUGUAUUGAAUUACCUAUACUGAAAGGCAACGCAUUUGAUAAUGCGACUUGGCAAUGAUCUGUCCGUUAACUAACUGACGAAUAAUUUUUAAUAAUGUAACAUAUCGAUGUGAAUAAAUAAAUAUCGCAAUUUAUGCUAAA